AUGGGCCUCACGCAGACCCAGAAGGACCUCGUUGGUGGAAGUGUCGGAGGAGUCGCGCAGGUGCUCGUUGGCCAGCCCUUCGACAUUGUCAAGGUCCGCAUCCAAACCAACCCCUCCGCGUACACCUCGCCGCUCGACUGUGCCUCUAAGAUCCUGAAGGCCGACGGUCCCCUGGGAUUCUACAAGGGCACGCUGACCCCCUUGUUGGGUAUUGGCGCGUGUGUGUCCAUCCAGUUCGGCGCACUCGAGUGGGCCAAGCGUCUCCUGUCCAACAAUGGCGAGAAGACCCUGGGGCUUGGCGAACUCUAUGCCGCGGGCGCCGUUGCCGGCGUCGCCAACACGGCCGUCGCGGGGCCCGUCGAGCAUAUCCGUAUCCGCCUCCAGACGCAGCCGGCCGGUGCGGAGAAACUGUACAAUGGCCCCCUCGACUGUGUUCGCAAGCUGUAUGGACAGGGAGGUUUGCCGGGUGUCUUCAAGGGACAGGCGGCGACUAUGCUCCGUGACGGUGUUGGAUAUGGAAUGUACUUCCUCGUGUACGAAUACCUGGUCCAGUCGCACUGCGCGCGCAACAACUGUUCGCGCGAGGACAUCUCGCCCCUCUGGGCGCUGACCUACGGCGCGACAGCGGGGUAUGGGCUCUGGGGCUCCAUCUACCCCGUGGACGUGGUCAAGUCCAAGAUCCAGACCGACUCGCUGGACCCUUCCAAGCAAAAGUACAGGGGCAUGCUCGACUGCGCGAGGCAGACGUGGCGCGCCCAGGGGGUUAAGGGCUUCACUGGCGGUCUGACGCCGACGCUCGUCAGGUCGCCCUUCGCCAAUGGCGCUACUUUUGUUGCGUUCGAGCUCGCUAUGCGCGCUAUGGGAAGUCCGGAGAAGGGCGCGCCCGAGCAUGAGCUCCCGGACCCCAUCUACUAG